UUUAUUUCAUAAAAGAUACAAUCGAACAAAUAUUUCUCGGAAUAAAACCAAUCACACCUCGCUACUAAUUUGUUAGUAAGUCUACCAGAUGCUCCGACGUGAUUUGUGCCAUACUUUCUCUUCAAUGAUUGAGAAGAUUAUUGCGUGAAGAGUUCAAAUAUAGAGCUAUACAGAGUGUAUAAAAAUCUAUAUACAUAUACUAUACUGCACACAUAAUUGUGUGUGUAUAUAUAUAUACCCACUCGGCGCGUACUAAUUUUACAGCGAUUGACGCAUGCCAUUGCUUCCCGGAGAAUGACUUGAAUAAAGUGCUUGGGUGAGGAGCAGGUAGAGAGAGAAUACUAUUUCAUCUUUGGAAAUUUCUCCCUUCAAUUCCUUGUGGGCCUGUGAUUUUCUCCAGCAUCAAGGGGAAAACUUUACUUUUAAAUUUGAUGGAUGGUCCUGCUAAAUUCCAAACAUGUCUUCCAUUUAAAUGCCAAAAGAUUUUCACUGCUCCAUGUCCAGUGCCCGCCUAUUCUUGCUCUGAGAUCUCUCAGCGAAGCUUUCGACAGCAAAACAAUCGGCCCGACUCGAGAUGCACAUCCGAUGUUUGACGAAAUGCUUCCACUAGAUUGCAAGUAUUGCAACGCACUGAUCAAGACGCACGCAGCUAAAAGGCAGCAUUUUGAAGCUCUAUCAGUAUUCAAAUGGAUGCGAAUAGCCAACUUUAAACCAGACCGCUUCACACUCGCUGCAGCGAUCAAGGCAUCAGGGGUGCUUUGCUAUGGGAUUUUAGGGAAAGCUAUCCAUGGUUUUGUAGUGAAGGCAAGCUAUGCUUUUCUGUUACCUGUAGAAAAGGCAUUGAUGGACAUGUACGCUAGGAUUGGCGCUUUAGAUGAUUCUUUGCAAGUUUUCGAGAGCUCAGAUCAGAAAGAUUCUGUUUCCUGGAAUGUCAUGCUUGCGGGUUUUGCUCGUGCGCAGCUUUACAUGGAAGCAAUGAACAUGCUCCAUAUGAUGCAUGUUUCAGGUGGGAAGGAGGCUAAGCUGACGGGUAUAACCAUAGCUAUUAUUCUUCCAAUCUGUGCAAAAUUGAAAAUUUUGGAACAUGGGAAGUGCAUCCAUGCUUACAUUAUAAAGAGCAAUUUGGAAUCUGAGACACUAGUGGGAAAUGCCCUUUUAUCCAUGUAUGCGAAAUGUGGUGGAGUUGUAAAUGAUGCGUGGGCUGUUUUUUAUAUGAUUUCUUGCAAGGAUGUUAUUUCAUGGAAUUCAAUGAUUGCUGGCUUAUCUGAAAAUGGUUUCUUUGACAAAGCCUUGGAAUUAUUUUAUCAGAUGGUUUCAGAGGGUGUUAUUCCUACUGAUGCAACAAUAGCGAGUGUACUUCCUAUAUGCAGUAUUCUGGAAAAUGGAUGGCUUUAUGGAAAAGAGAUCCAUGGCUAUAUCCUCAGAUCUAAAUUGGAUGAGGAAACCUCAGUUAAUAACGCCCUUCUGAUUCAUUACUUGAAGGUUGGAGACAUUGUUGGUUCUGAAUAUAUAUUCCAAAAGAUGGAAAGAAGAGAUCUUGUCACGUGGAACACCCUAAUAUCUGGUUAUGCCAUGAAUGGGUGGGUUUCAGAAGCAAUGAAUUUGUUUCACAACUUACUUCAAAGUGAUAUGAAACCGGAUGCAUUUACACUCAUUAGUGUUCUUCCUUGUUGUGCUCAAUUGCUUGAUAUCAAUGAAGGAAAGAAGAUUCAUGAUUAUAUUCUGCAGCAUCCUUCACUUGGUCAGGAGACAUCCUUGGGGAAUGCUCUUGUCAGCUUUUACGGGAAAUGUGGUAAACUCGAUGAAGCAGCCCAAUGCUUUCAAGGCAUAUGUAAGAAAGACCUGAUAUCAUGGAAUGCAAUGCUUACCGCCUGUGCGGAUAAUGGGCAGUGGGAGAAGCUCCUCAAGCUUCUGAAGCAAAUGAAUUAUGUACAAAUUCAACCAGACUACAUCACAAUUACUACUAUUUUUCGAGCUUGCACUUCCCUCGGCCUUACGAAAGUUAGGGAAGCUCAUGGGUACUCGUUUAGAGCAGGUUUAAUCAGCCACCCAAAUGUCAUGAAUGCAAUUCUUGACGCAUACACAAACUGCCAUGGCAUAGAUGAAAAAUAUAUUGGAAAGAACGUGCCCACUGAUAAUGCUAUGAUUUUGAAUUAUUUGAAACACGGCGGUCUCAAAGAUGCUGAGAAGAUAUUCAACCAGAUGCAAGAGAAAGAUCUUACCACUUGGAAUCUAAUGCUACAAGUCUAUACUCAAAAUGAUUGCAUUGAUCGAGUUUUUACCUUGUUUCAUGAACUACAAAAUGAUGGGACAAAACCUGAUAUUAUAAGUAUUAUGAGCAUUCUCAGUGCUUGCUCUCGUGUAUCAUUUGUUCAUCUUGUGAAACAAUGCCAUGGAUACACAAUCAGAGCUUCUCUUGAAGACAAACAUCUUGGAGCAGCACUCUUGGAUACAUACUCCAAAUGUGGAAGCAUAACGGAUGCAUGCAAACAGUUUCAAAUAAUUCCAAAUAAGGAUUUGAUCACAUUCACUACUAUGAUUCAAGGCUAUGCAAUCCAUGGAAUGGCAGAAGAGGCAUUACAUACCUUUUCCCAAAUGCUCAAGUCUAACAUAAAGCCAGACCAUGUCAUCCUAACUUCCCUUCUGUCAGCUUGCAGCCAUGCCGGGCUGAUCGAUCGGGGAUGGGAACAUUUUAAUUCCAUCAAGAAGGUGCAUGGGAUUAAACCAACGAUGGAACAUUAUGCCUGCAUGGUUGAUCUUCUCUCUCGAAGGGGAUGGCUGAAAGAAGCCUAUGAUUUCAUAAAUAACAUGCCGUGUGAGGCCAAUGCCAAUGUAUGGGGGUCUCUGCUGGGAUCUUGCAAGAUUCAUGGCGAGGUAGAGAUCGGGUGCCUUGCAGCAGAUCACUUAUUUGGUGUUGAAGGUAUGAAUAUUGGGAAUUAUGUGGUGAUGUCGAAUAUUUAUGCUGCAGAUGGAAGGUGGGAUGGGGUUGAGCAAGUAAGAAGGAUGAUGAAGAACAAGGAUAUGAGAAAGCCAGCCGGAUGCAGUUGGAUUGAGAUGCAGAGGAAGAAUCAUGUAUUCAUUGUCACUGAUUUUUCUCAUCCUCAGAGACAUUUGAUCUACAGUAUGCUGAAAAGUCUGGACCUACAUAUGAAAGGCCACUCAGCCAGAGCAAAUGAUAUUGGGAUUUCCUCCUUGGUAUUUAACCAAAACCUGAUAUUUCCUUAAAAUAUCAUAAACGAGGCUGUUUACUAGUUUUCUCCUUUGCUUAGUCAUUGCAAAAGUGACUUGGGAACUGCUCCAUGAUCAACAUAAUAGCUAACCAUUCUUAGAGCUUCAAAUCGCAUGUGAUUCAGAAAAAACUGAAGAAUUUCUUUAGUUCACAAAAAUGUCUAACGCCUCCUUCAAAUUUUUAGCAAAUGGCCAGCUCACGAGAAAUCCAGUGAUGGAAGCACUUUUUACCAUUCUCAUACCUGGCUUUUGCACUUUCCUCGUAUUGAUUUGGUGCCGUUGAUUUAGGCUUCGUUUGGGACGGCUUUUUUACUGCUUCUUAAAGUAGUAUUUUAAUAAAAAAAAGAAAAAAUUUUAACUAAAAAAUUGCUUUAAGAAGCAGUAAAUAAGCCAUCUCAAACGAAGCCUUGGAUUCUUUGUUGUCUCUUAUCAUUCUGCUGAAGGCCUUGAUGGAGUUGUCUAUUGGCAGUGAGGGAUAUCUUGCUAAUUAUUGCAAUCAACUUCAUGGGGAGCCAUAAUUGGUUCCUGAGCAAUUUUAUAGUAGAUUGAAGAUGAUAUCUGCAGUCUUAUCGGAUUGGAACUUGGUAAUCUGGUGUCUUAAUGCCUCUGUACCACUCUCUUAUAUUUUGACUGCUUUCUAUUCUGAUCUCUUGUACAAAGAACCCUGGCUUUCUUGUGCAGGGUGUUUCGGUGCAAUGCCUCGAUCAGUGAACAACUAACUUGGGGCUUUUAAUGUAUUUCUUGGUGUCAACAUAAAAAGCACGCUAAGUUUUGCAUAGUUCGUCCUGAUCGAGCAUACCAACUCAACCAGAAAUGAUAGCUACCUUCGCGCUAUCAGACAACGGGAGAAGAAGCUCACAGAUCCCCAUCAAUCAGGCUAAAUACAAUAAGAUGAAUGUCUACCGUCAUCAGAUAUGACCCAGCCUCUGCUGUUGCAGGAGUUGGUUGCGAAGUAUCUUCAUGCCAAUGACCGGCAUUUAUGCCUUUUUUUUUUUUUUUUAGGAUAGCCUUUUUUGUCAUAUGCUUAUAGGAUUAUUUUCUUUAAUUGUAUAAUUAAUUGAAUUUAAAUCAAUUCAGGAUGAUGUGGAAGUAAUUUUAGUCCGAAAUCAUGCUUUUUAGGCAUGUAAACUGUAAAGAGGAACAUAAAAC